CACAACAACAACCACAACACACCCACCAAAGCAAACCACGACAAGAUGCCUUUUGGCUUUGGCACCAGCACACGCCGCCGUGGCGACUUCACCGAGGAGCCAGAGGGCGGCUGGCUGCACGACGAUGAUGCCCUGGCACUGGGCGAAGGCCUCUUCUAUUCCUUUCCACUGGAGUUCCUUGGACACAUUGCUGUGAACCAGUCGCUGUCAAAGCUGCCCGUCGGUCGCCGAACUGCUGCCAUUCGGGAGAUGAUGCGUCGCCUCAUGGUGGAAUCGAAGCGUCUCAAGGACAAGAAGCCAAAGAUCAAAGCCGACAUCAAGCCUUUCUCAGACGGCGAGGUGACGGUCGCCGAGCUGCCCGUGAGCCUCGGCAUCGCUGCGGAUGGCAUGGUUGUGAUCCCAAACAUUCCCGAUGAGAAGGCGGACACGGCCAACCCGCAGAUUCUGUUCUACCACUCGAUGCCCAUGAUCUCCAUGGCCGCUGGUGGUGACGGCGACACAUACGAGCUUGUCGCAUACGUCGCAAAGGACGAGACGAACUUUCGCGCCGUGUAUGUGUUCAACUGUGAGGAGCUGUCAGACGAAGUGCUGGCGACGCUUGGCCAAUCGUUUAUCCUCGCGCAGGAAAUGGCGGCCAAGCAGCGUGCAAAGCCGAAGAAGGAGAAGCUGAAGAAGGAGUACUUGGAGACACAGCCCGUGUACGACACCGGCGACGGUGCACAGGUCCCCGUCAACAACGAGCCCAAGCAGGAGAGCGUGUACGACACGGCGUCGCCUGAGGAGCAGCCACAAGUCACCGCCGAGCCGGACUACGAUCUCGGCGACAACCAGCGCACGCAGGCGGACUACGACAUUCCCGAUACGCCCGCCCAGGAUCCGAUCUAUGACGUGGCUACGCAGGAUCUCGUCAAGGCCCUCAACAAGCGCGAUUCCAUGCGUCGAUCUAUUAAGCCAAAGAAGUCGAUGAAGAAGAAAAAGUCGAUGAAGAAGUCUGUCAAGAAAUCCGUCAAGAAGAAGCCCAUUCCCGAGGAACCGGCAGUCCAAGGAGAGAAUGUGGACCUGAACGAUGUGGAGCAGGUGCGGCAGGCCCGCCCGUCUUGGGUUUGCGUCUCGGAAGUCGGAGACACAUCGGAUCGCGUGGAUCUUGGGUCGCUGCUGCAGCAAUUCCGCAGCGCCGCCACGCUCGAGGAAAUCGAAGAGGAGGACGACGACUACGAGUAGUCGCUUCUCGCUGACACACUUGCGCUGGCCAUACCCUCUUAAUGUCGUUGCUUUGCCCCUUCCCCACCCUCAACGCACGCACACUCGCGCACACGCACACCCUGUGCUGUGGUGUGCUCCUGGUUCCACUGCCGUUUUGCUUUGUACGUUUUCACCUCCGUCUUUCUCGCGCUGUUUUGUGUUGUGUUUUCUUUUGCUUGUGUGUGCUGCGAUCAGUUUGUCGAACACCACCACCGCCAAUACCAUGCGUUCAACAUCACUGCCCUUAACACCACGUUUGCCUGCGUGCUGUUUCCUGUUCACCGUCCGUUGUUCUCAUGCCUCCACUUGUGCUGUGCACCCUUUUCCUUGUGCAUGUUGCCAUGACAGUGCUUCCACGUGCGCCUGUGUGUAUGUGUGUAUGUGUGUGUAUGGUUUCUCUUGCCCUGCUUCAUCUCUUCUCUCAUUGCUUGUUGCCUGCACUGUUGUCGGUGGAUUGUUUGAUGGCCAAUCGUUGAGCACGCGUGUCGUGCUGUUUGGUUAUGUUACACAUUUCAACAAGAAACCGCGACUAAAACCACACGCAGAAGG